CCCGCGCUCGCGGCGGGCGGCCCCGAGCCCCACGCGAGCCCAGGGGAGGCCGGUUGCCAAGGAAACACGAGGACGCCAGGCAGCCGCCCCCACCGCCUCCGCCCCACGAAAGGCCGGCGACCGCGGCGGAAAGCUGCCUCGGGGGAGGAGGGCCAGGGGCCGGUCGAGGGAGGGGAGAAGAGAGGAGGAGGAAGAGGACUGCAGCGACGGCCCCCCGCGAUUGAUGGGCGGCUCCUCCAUCUCGGACCAGCCGGCCCGCCCCGCCCCUCGGGCCCUCUAGCGCCAGGCAGGGGAGAAGGGCGAACCCAACAGGUCGGGAGCGAGCAUCAUGUUGCAUGAAGAGAGAGACAGGAGGAAGUUCGUCAGUGACGUUCAGUAUCUGCGAGACAUGCAGCACAAGGCGGACUCGGAAUACCAGGCCUGUUUAAGACGACAGGAAUACAGAAGAGACCCAAAUGACAAGAAACAGUAUCAGUUCUGGGAGCAAGAGGUGAGCUUUGAGAGAUCCCGGUUUUCAAGCACAUCAUCUUCCAAACAGAGUUCUGGUGAGGAGGAGCCUCUGACCGAACCAAAAUCAUUUCCCAAGGUAUCUACAGUCAAGUGUGAUUCCAGACUUCCAGCCAUUGACCAGACACCAGUCAAGCAGAAACACAAAAGCACUAUGACACCAAGGAAACCAGAGAAAGCAGGCCCCAGCAAAGCCCCUGCAACAGCACAGACACCAAAGAUUUUACCAAGAAAGAGGAGGCCAAACCUGGGGAGACUGACAGUCAAUCCAGACAUGCGCAGCGCAACAGCACCUGGGGACGGGAGCGAGCAGAAGUCCCAACUGCCGACGAAGGUGCCAGCUCUGCGGGGACCAGAUCCAGUGGUUCACCGAGAAAGCCAGGUGUGGGCAGGUGGAACUAUGGUGAAGAGGCCAACCCAAGAGAGGAGAUGCCUGGUGCCCACCUCGCAGCUGAUGGCAACCCCCGAGAACCCCCUGGAGAGAGCCAAAAGGGGAGACCCGAGCGCCGUCGCUCAGAACAAGCCACAGCCAGCCCUGUCCCAGGCCUUCCAGGGAACAAAGAGUCCCCAAGUGUUGGGUGAGUCCUUGUGGCCCUCGCUCGUACCCAGCGCCACGGGAGGGCCAAGGAGGACGCAGUUCAGGUUCAGAUACGAGGACUUUUAUUCCGUGCUAUCGCCAAACGCUGCCAGAGACCCUUACGACACGGAGGAAGAGACCCACGAAGAAGAGCUCCCGCUGCUUGGUUUGCACCCGCCUCGCUCUCCCUCCAGUCACAGAAGAAGUCGGUGUCUUGGGACGUCGGCCUCUCUGUCCAAAAACAAACACUUUUCCAACAGUGCUGAAAAUCACAAAGGAAACUCUUUAAGAAGACGCGAGCCCAGCCCUGGCUUAUUAAGAACACUCAGUGCAGUGGAGCCAGAGGCAGGGCAGCCUUCUCUCGGGCAAAGGAUGCUCCCAGAUCCCUGGCUGCCCAGUGGGGAGUCUGCUACAGAGAAUGACAGUGACAGCAGCGAGAACAAGAAGACCUUCCGCUCAUGGGACAGCAAAUCUGAAUCCAGACAAGAUGACCGUCGCAGGGUGGAAAAUGUAUCCAGCGAUUCUGUUUCUAUGGACGACAAACCUGAUACCCAUGACCAUGAGAGGGACUGGCAAGACUAUUUAAACAGUUCUAGACAUUCCCUUGACUUCUCUCUUGCCGGUAGACCGACAGUCCCAAGGUCAUCACUGAACUCACCCUGUAACACGGCGCGAUCAUCAACACAUCAUCUGAGGGUUGAUGUCCCAGUAGACUUGUCAAUGUCACCUACGCUGGUUCGCAGAUCCGACACGGAGGGAAACGCAAGGUUUAAUGUUCGCCAACCACUGUCCCCCAUUAGAAAUAGAAUUCCGUUGGCCAGUGCACGUGAGUCUGAUGUCAGGGGAGCAGAGGAUGUCACCUCAGCAAGCCAAGCUCAGGAGGCUCCGUCGAGCGUAGAAAACCCCCUGCCAAGUCUUCCAGACAGCUUGCCUCUGCUGCACUCUCCCAUCUCCUCUCCGUCAAGAGUGAGUUUCCAAGACCACCUGCAUUUGCCUGGGUCCCUGCGAGAAAAUAUACAUUUUGCUUUAUCUACAGUGUCUUAUUUCCUAAAUCAAAGCCAGAACAGGACUAGAAUGGCGGCCUCUGGUCUCGCAGAUGAAGAGGAGGCCCCUAAGAUACAAGUAGACCCUGAGAAGCUCAGGAAACUGCAAGAAAGUCUCCUGGAGGAGGACGAGGAGGAGGAGGGAGACCUGUGUCGCAUCUGUCAGAUGGCCGGGAGUUCCCCCGCCAACCCCCUGCUGCAGCCCUGCGGCUGUGUGGGUAGCCUGCGAUUUGUUCACCAAGAGUGCCUGAAACAGUGGCUGAAAGUGAAAAUCACGUCAGGAGCGAACCGGGAAGCUGUGAAUACCUGUGAGAUGUGCAAGCACGACCUGCUGGUCGACCUGGCUGCCUUUAACAUGACUGAGUUCUACCAGAAGCACCAGCAAAUCCGGGCACAGAACGAGCUGAUCAACUCCAGCUUCUACCUGGUGCUGCUGCUUUACUUCUACGAGCAGAGGUUUGCAGAAAUUAUGACACUCAACUACGACUGGAUCACAAGAGAGCGGUUGUCAAGAAAUUACCUACAACCCCGACAGGAAGAAGAUGAAAAUUCCGAGCUGGGGGAGGAGAGCGAAGGCAGCAUCUCUCCAAGCCGCCUGGUCUAGCGAGGGAGCCGGCCGCGGACUCGGGUGGUGCCCCCUCCGCCGCUCGCCUCCCUGCAUCCCUGCCCUGUGCCCCCUCCCUCCGCCUCUUUUUACUGCAGCCAGAUGUGCUGUCACCCUUUCCACCUCGCGCAAGGUGUCCGCAGCACCGGCGACCAGCCUCGUGACACACAGCACAGACCGAGGAGCCGGGGGGCUGCCCUGCUGCAGGACCCCCAGCCCAGGAGCCCCAGGGGCUCAGGCCCCCUGGUGAGGGCACCUGUUCACGCCUCGCUCCACUGCCAGUGGAUGGGCCGUGCACUCAGUAAACACGUUCUUCCCCCACA